UAGAGAUUGCAGAAUUUUUUUUUUAUAUUUUAACCUGUCCAAUACCAACAGUUUUAAUUCCAGAUAAAAGAAAAAUACAUUUAAUAGUUCUAAAACCUGACGAGCUAGUGCAAAAUCUGGCUAGUUAAAAAUUGUUUUGGCUAAUAAAUUCUGACGGGCCAGUAGCAGUAAGUUAGUGAAAUGAAUUGUUUUGUUAUACACUGUAGCUAGAGUUUAGUAGAAUCUAAAAUGGGCAUUUGAUUUACGAUCACGUGGCAAUGGCUAAAUGAUAAAUGAAGCAAUUUUUAGCCUACAUUCCCACUAACCGCAGGUUACUUUGACUUCUUCUUACCUUAUUACUUUACACUUAACUCCAGCCAUAUAACAAAACACUUAAUUACUUGUCCCUUCGGAAACAGAUAGUUUUGUUUUCCCUUGAAUCUCGACUUCAUCUUGGGGAACAUUCACAGUCUCUGGAAAACAAACCUGUUUCCCCUUGGGACAAGCAAUUAAGUGUACAAUGUUAUAGUUUGCUUAUAAUGUUUUUUUAUAAUUAUUUUGUAGGUAAGACAAAAUGCAUGUCAAAAACUGGAGACUGUGUAGUCAAACAUGGAACAAAUUUUACCACUGGGUUUGGGAUGGUGGUAAGUGGAGCCAUUUGUGAUUUCUGUGAGGCGUUUAUCUGUCAUAGUAAAAAAUGCUUAACAACUCAUGCAUGUGAAUGUGCACUCAGAGAGGGUGAAUGCAUAGAGUGUGAGCGAGGGGUGUGGGAUCAUGGUGGUCGUGUGUUUGUGUGUUCAUUCUGUGCGUCAUUCUUGUGUGAAGAUGACCAGUUUGAACAUCAAGCCAAAUGUCAAGUGUUAGAAUCUGAGACAUUAAAAUGUGGCUCCUGCAACAAGUUGGGACAGUAUUCAUGUCUUAAGUGCAAGAUUUGUUUCUGUGAAGACCAUGUGAGAAGAAAGGGGUUAAAGUACACUAGGGGACAACCUAUUCCCUGUCCUAAAUGCGGAUAUGAGACAAGAGAAACCAAGGAUCUAAGCAUGUCUACCCGUAACUACGCGUAUUCCCGACAACGAAAUACCGUGGACGAUUAUGACUAUGAUGAUGAUUACGGAGCAAGCGGGUUCAGUUACGGGUCAGGCGGGUUCAGUUACGGGUCCAGCGGGUACUCUUACGGGACCACUAGCCACGCAGAUGACGAAGAAGACGAUGAAAGUGACAGCGAUGAAGACGAGGAAGAUGGCGAUGAAGAAGACGAGGAUGAAGACGAUCGUCACGGUACCAACGAAGAAAUAGCGGAGGUGGCCGAGAACUUAUCUCGACUAAAAGUUCAAGAGUCUUAACCAAAGUGAAAGAAAUCUUUCGAAAUUAUGCGUUACCCAAAGGAAAUGCAAAAAACAAAAAACAAAAAACAAAAAACAAAAAGCAAAAAAUUCCACAAUACGUAGAAUGAAGAACUGACUAAUUGAUACAUAACAGUAUGAUAAUUACUGCAGAAACACAAGGGAAUUCUGCAUUCACGGAUAUGAUAUUUUCGAAAUAGACUACUAUAAAGUAUAAAAUAAAACAAUAAUAAAUGAUCACUUUA